UUCUGGGAUACACAAAACAAUCGCUAAAUUGAGGAGGUUAAGGCAACUUGACAAUUAGGCCUAAAUUAAUAAAUUGGAAAAAAAUAUGUCAAAGCAGCAUUUAGUGUCGAUAGUGUCGCAGCUAUGCUAGCGCCAAUGCUAACAUGAUGCUCAACCCAUCCGGCGAUGGCGGCGGCUCCGCAGAUGACCAACGAAAAUCGGCGGUCGCGCAGCCGAGAAUCAGCUUGUACAGAGGGCAAAAAUGGGGACACAAAACCAACCCCAUAAGUGUCAUCCUGGUGAGCUCCGGCAGCCGCGGGAACAAGCUGCUCUUCCGCUACCCUUUCCAACGAGCUGCCGAGUGCGCGUCUUCGCACGCAGCAAAACAGCGGAAUCGCUACGCGCUGAAUACGACGGGAGAAGUUGAAGAUCAGGAUGGAGAUUCCAGAUUCUCCGACAGCAUCCUGGCCACCAUCCUGGCCACCAAGUCGGACAUGUGCGGCAAGAAGUUUGAGCUGAAGAUCGACAAUGUUCGCUUUGUGGGACACCCGACUCUGCUGCAACAUCCUCCCAUCAUUCAGGUGUCUAAAACCGAUCCUUCGCCAAAGAGGGAGAUGCCCACCAUGAUCUUGUUCAACGUCGUGUUUGCUCUGAGGGCCAACGCUGACCCCUCGGUCAUCAGCUGCAUGCAAAACUUGUCGCGCCGCAUCGCCAUCGCGCUGCAGCACGAGGAGCGCCGCUGCCAGUACCUGACCAGGGAGGCCAAGUUCAUGCUGGCCGUGCAGGACGAGAUCACCACCGUCAGCGAAACGAGCCCACAGUCGCCGUUUAGACAAAUUCUGCCCAAAUGUAAGCUGGCCAAGGACCUCAAGGAGGCGUACGACAGCUUGUGUACGACCGGCGUGGUGCGGCUGCACAUCAACAACUGGCUGGAGGUGAGCUUCUGCCUCCCGCACAAGAUCCACCGCAUCGGCGGCAACUACAUCCCCCCCGAGGCCUUAGAGCGCAGCCUGAAGGCCAUCAGGCCCUAUCACGCGCUGCUGCUGCUGGAAAGCGAGAAGGCGCUGCUGGGCCAACUUCCCGUGGACUGCUCGCCCGCCAUGAUGCGUCUCAUUAAGACCUGCUCGGCGGUGAAGAACCUGCAGCAGCUUGCUCAGGACACUGACCUGGCCCUGCUUCAGAUCUUCCAAAUUGCAGCCCACCUGGUUUACUGGGGCAAGGCCAUCAUCAUUUUCCCUCUGUGUGAGAACAACGUCUACAUGCUGUCCCCUCACGCCAACAUCUACCUAUACUCGCCUCACGCCGAACAGUUUGCGCAGCAGUUUCCCGGUCACGACCUUCCUUCCAUGUUGGCCAAGUUCUCGCUGCCUGUCUCGCUGGCCGAGUUCAGGCACCCCCUGGAAGCUCCUGCGCAGGAGGCUCAGCUGAUCCAGAUGGUGGUGUGGAUGCUGCAGCGCCGCCUGCUCAUCCAGCUGCACACGUACAUCUGCCUCAUGGUGCCGCCCGCAGAGGACGAGCCCGUUUACAGGGACGACGAGCUGCCGCCGGCCGCCCGGGUCGCGGGCGGGAACGGGCGCGGUCUGAGCACCCCGAGCGUCCUUAGCUUCGGAUCCCCAACCAGCAGCGACGACAUGACCCUGACCAGCCCCAGCAUGGACAACUCCAGCGCAGAGCUGGCCCCUGGCGGAGACGACUCCCCCCUCAACAAAAGGAUCUUGUUGACCGAGACCCUGCUGGCCAGCCUGUCGGACCACGAGAGACAGUUCGUCCUCAACGUCCCCGCCGCGCAGAACCCGGAGGACCUCCGGAUGUUUGCCAGGUUGCUGCACUACUUCCGGGGCCACCACCACUUGGAGGAGAUCAUGUACAACGAGAACAUGCGGCGCUCUCAACUCAAGACGCUGUUGGACAAGUUCCGCUGCGUGCUGGUGGUGACCAAUCACGAAGAUCCCAUCAUUUCCAUCUUUCAGUCUCCCACAGAGUAGAAGUACUAUCAGCACCAAUCAGAUGCCGUGUGGCUGGGAACUGAUGUUUCAAGAGAGAAAAAUGCUAGAUUUAUGUUCAUUUAUCACAUGGAGAAAGUUUAUUUUUGAUCAUUUAUGAGUCCAUUUUAGAAUAAUAAAUUAUUUUGUACAUAGUA